AUGGCCUUUUCCGAACUCCUGGAGCAAGUGGGCAGCCUGGGCAGGUUCCAGGUUCUCCAGAUGGUAGCCCUGGUGGUUCCCAUCAUGUGGCUCACCACGCAGACCAUGCUGGAGAACUUCUCGGCCAUCGUGCCCAGCCACCGCUGCUGGGCGCCCCUCCUGGACAACAGCACGGCCCAGGCCAGUGUCCCUGGGGCCCUGGACUCUGAGGCCCUCCUGGCUGUCUCCAUCCCACCAGGCCCCAACCAGGAGCCCCACCAGUGCCUCCGCUUCCGCCAACCACAGUGGCAGCUCCUGGACCCCAACGCCACGGCCACCAACCGGAGCGAGGCUGCCACGGAACCAUGCGUGGACGGCUGGGUCUACGACCGCAGCACCUUCACCUCCACCAUCGUGACCCAGUGGGACAUGGUGUGUGACUCCCAGGCCCUGAAGCCCAUGGCCCAGUCCAUCUUCCUGGUCGGGGUCCUGGUGGGAGCCGCUGUGUGCGGCCACGCCUCUGACAGGUUUGGACGCAGGCCGGUGCUGACCUGGAACUACCUUCAGAUGGCCAUGUCAGGCACGGCAGCCGCCUUCGCCCCCACCUUCCCGGUGUACUGCCUCUUCCGCUUCCUGGGGGCCUUCGCCUCGGCGGGUGUCAUGAUGAACACCGGCACUCUUUUGAUGGAGUGGACGUCGACACAAGCCAGAGCUUUGGCGAUGACUAUGAACUCCCUGGGCUUCAGCCUCGGCCAGGUCCUGACGGCUGCAGUGGCCUAUGGUGUGCGCGACUGGGCGCUGCUGCAGCUGGCUGUCUCCGCCCCCUUCUUCCUCUGCUUUGUGUACUCCUGGUGGCUGGCAGAGUCAGCACGAUGGCUUCUCGUCACGGGCAGGCUGGGGCGGGGCCUGCGGGAGCUACAGAGGGUGGCUGCCGUCAACGGGAAGAGGGCAGCGGGGCACGCACUGACCGCUGAGGUCCUGCUCUCAACCAUGCAGGAGGAGCUGAGUGUGGGCCAGGCUUCCGCCAGCCUGGGCGCCCUCCUUUGCACACCUGGACUGGGCCUCCGGACCUGUAUCUCCACCCUGUGCUGGUUUGCCUUUGGUUUCACCUUCUACGGCCUGGCCCUGGACCUGCAGGCUAUAGGCAGCAACGUCUUCCUGCUCCAGGUCCUCAUCGGGGUGGUUGACAUCCCAACCAAGACCGGCACCCUGCUGCUGCUGAACCACCUGGGCCGCCGGCCCACACAGGCAGCAUCCCUGGUGUUGGCGGGGCUCUGCAUCCUGGCCAACACGCUGGUGCCCUACGAAAUGGGGGCCCUGCGUCCAGCCCUGGCCAUACUGGGGCUCGGCGGGGUGGGGGCCGCCUUCACUUGCACCUCCACCUACGCUGGCGAGCUCUUCCCCACUGCGCUCAGGAUGACCGCACAGGGCCUGGGCCAGAUGGCUGCCCGAGGAGGAGCCAUCCUGGGGCCUCUGGUCCGGCUGCUGGGCAUCUAUGGCGCCUCCCUGCCCCUGCUGGUGUACGGGGCUGUGCCACUGCUGAGCGGCCUGGCUGCACUGCUGCUGCCCGAGACCAAGAGCCUGCCGCUGCCCGACACCAUCCAAGAUGUGCGGAGCCAGGCAGUCAAGAAGGCAACACACAGCACCCAGGGGCACCCUGUCCUGAAAUCCACAUGGUUUUAGGCCUCCUGGGAAGCCUGCGACGGGAUGGUAGGAGGACGCUUUUCUCUGCAGAAGGAAAGCAAAGGCCUUGAUUUCCAGAGGGCCCAGGGGCUGCCCCUCCAGCUAAG